AUGGCUGGUUCUAAGGGCAAGGUCUGCCUCGCGUACUCUGGAGGUCUUGACACCUCCGUCAUUCUCGCUUGGUUGAUUUCCGAGGGCUACUCUGUCGUCUGCUACCUGGCCAAUGUCGGACAGGAGGAGGACUGGGCUGCCGUCGAGAAGAAGGCUCUCCAGAUCGGUGCUGAGAAGAUGAUCAUUGAUGACCUCAAGCGCGAGUUUGUUGAGGAGCUUUGCUGGAAGGCCGUUAAGUGCAACGCCAUCUACGAGGACCAGUACCUUUUGGGAACCAGUCUGGCUCGUCCCAUCAUCGCCCGCGGUCAGAUGAGGGCUGCCACUCAGGAGGGCUGCCAGUUCGUUUCUCACGGCUGCACCGGAAAGGGCAACGACCAGGUCCGCUUCGAGUUGGCCUGGUACACCAUCAACCCCGAGAUCAAGGUCAUCGCCCCUUGGAGGCAGGAGGCCUUCAUCAAGAAGUUCCAGGGCCGCAACGACUUGCUCGACUACGCUGCUGAGAAGGGCAUUCCCGUCACCUCCACCAAGGCCAAGCCUUACUCCAUGGACGACAACUUCGCCCACUGCUCCUACGAGGCCGGCAUGCUCGAGGACCCCAACGUCACUCCCCCUGAGGACAUGUGGACCAAGACCGUCUCUCCCCUCCAGGCCCCUGAUGCUCCUCUCGACAUCACCAUCCACUUCGACAAGGGUCUUCCCGUCAAGGUCGUUACCCCCAACAAGACUGCCACCGACUCCGUCGAGCUUUUCGGUCUUCUGAACGCUCUCGGCAAGGAGCACGGUGUUGGCCGUAUUGACAUCGUCGAGAACCGCUUCAUCGGCUUGAAGAGCCGUGGUUGCUACGACUCCCCCGCCAUGACUAUCCUCCGUCUGGCUCACAUUUCCAUCGAGGGCCUCGUCUUGGAUGGUCGCGUCCGCUCAUUGCGUGACGGUCUCAGCAGGCAAUGGAGUGAGCUCCUGUACAAUGGCAUGUACUUCAGCCCUGAGCGUGCCUUCCUUCAGCCGUCUCUCGACUACUCCCAGGAGCGCGUCAACGGCGAGGUUCGCCUCCGUCUUUACAAGGGCAACGCCUACGUCCUUGGCCGCACCUCGCAGGAGAAGCUGUACUCUGAGGAGGACGCCUCCAUGGACUCGCUCACCACUUUCGACCCCUCUGAGACUUCCGGCUUCAUCACCAUCAACGCCAUCCGUCUCAAGAAGUACGGUCUCCAGCAGGCUGAGGCUGGCAUCGAGUUCUAA